GGUAGACCCGAACUGUACUGUAAUUACACGACCAGUUUUGCAAACCAGUAGCAUAGGAAAAAAUAGUUAGUGGAGAAAAACAGCAUACUGAAGUCUGAUUUUUCAACAGAAAAGAGUAUUCAUUGGAAGAACACGUUUCAGCUCCAAAUACCAGUGAUGAUAGACUGGCCAACCAAUUUCGUCAAUUUUGUUAGUGGAUGAUUCAAGCUUCUUUAGAUAAAAAGGAACAUCGUGCUCAGAUCUUAGCAAUAUGGGCUGCCGAGUUGGAUGCCGGGUGUUGCUGUGGACCCUCUCGUUUCUCGUGGCCUUUGGCUAUGCACGAUCGCAAACUAGUGAAGGUCCUUUGCUGUGCUCCCCGGGGGAAUCUAGUUGCAGUGAUUCGUACUGCUAUAAGGAUGACUGGAGAUGUGAUGGUUAUGCAGACUGUGGCGAUUGGAGCGACGAACGAAACUGCGAUUGGACGUUUUACAUAGGAGUUAACGAACAAGUUAAGAUAUCACCGCCCGGAUAUCCAUAUUACCAAUCGGGAGGAGUUCGAAACUACACAUGGAUCAUCCAAGCAGAAGAUGACCGGAGAAUUCGUAUCACUUUUCAAGAUUUUAAAACUGAGCAUAGUUCGAACAUGUUUCAGGCUGGAGAUGGCAAUAUCACUACGGACAGCCCAUUUUUCACAUGGAACUGGGUGAGGCGACCCCCUGACCUACUUUCCAGCGGGAACACGAUGUGGCUGACAUAUUUUAGCACUCGGUUCUAUGAGCGCGGAUUCAGUUUAUCGGCAACAAGUGUUUCAGUCACCGAAACUUUGAUAUGUAGAGAAAACGAGUUUGACUGUGGGCAUUCUGUCUGCAUUAAUGCUGACUGGAUAUGCGACUCUUUUGACGACUGCGUCAAUGGCCUCGACGAAGUCAACUGUGGACGUCAUGGUGCACUCAUCCUUGGCGCUAACGAAACAGCCGUGGUAACAUCGCCGGCUUUUCCAAGUACCUAUCCAGACUAUGUUGACACCACAUGGAUAAUCCAGACUGAAGAUAGCCACCGGAUUAGCAUCAGGUUUACUAUGAUACACCUGUCAAACAGCCGUCUCAGGGCAGGUGACGGAAAUGACAGCGUUAACUACCAGAGUGGUUUUUUUGAUUCGUACCAUCAUCGGGCUGCACACGAUUUGUUGUCUAAUGGAAGUUUGAUGUGGCUUCACUUCAAUGCAUAUUCUCAGUCAAAUUACGGCUACGGGUUUUCUUUGUCACUACACAGCAUCCCUGUUACUGGCUCUAAAUGUUCUCCUGAUAUGGAAUUUGAUUGUGGACAUAAUGCAUGCAUUGGAAAAUGGAUGAGAUGUGACAGAAUAAAAGAUUGCUACGAUGGACGCGAUGAAUUAAAUUGCGACUAUCCUUGCCGUCCGAGCGAGUUUCAUUGUGGCCAAGGUGUUUGUCUUCAGCCACAACGGUACUGUGAUGGUGUUGUUCAUUGUACGAAUGGGAUGGAUGAACGCAACUGUGGUAAUGUGAAAUGCCCGCUGGGAGCUUUUGUCUGCAAUGACUCGAGCUGUAUCAUCGGUGAUUUGCAGUGCAAUGGUUAUGGAAACUGUCCCGAUCGAACUGAUGAACUUGACUGUGGUCCUCUGAAGAUGGUUUACAUCGGAGCUACCGAUCAAGUUCACAUAGAGUCAUCUUCGUAUUACAGAAAUUAUCAAAAUAAUUACAAUAUCACUUGGAUUAUUCAAACGGAAGAGGACCGGAAAAUUCGGAUAAUGUUUUACAGGUUUGAAACGGAACACCAAAUGGACAUUAUUCAAGUUGGAGACGGCAACAGUAGCUCAGUUGAUCCGUUUUUCAGUUGGAGCUGGAUUAGGCGACCCCCUGACCUCCUUUCAAGUGGAAAUGCGAUGUGGCUCCGCUUUACCUCGGAUGGAAGUCAAACCUACGACGGGUUUAGUUUGUUGGCCAAAAGCGUCCCAAGGUCAGAAACCCUGAAUUGCACUAUGGAUCAAUUUGACUGUGGGCACUCUGUCUGCAUAGACAUCGCCUGGAAAUGCGACAAUAUCAACGAUUGCAACAAUGGCGUCGACGAAUUGGAUUGCGGAAGAGAACCUUGGAUAUACAUUCCCGCGGAUGAAACCAUCCAGAUUACAUCGCCAGCAUUCCCGAGAAAAUUACCAGCUAAUCUUGACAUUACUUGGUUCAUCCAAACCGACGAAAAUCGAAGGAUUCUUAUCGAGUUCUCUUCGUUCUACCUCAACUACUACUACUACUACUACAGCGUUAAUCUGGAGGUAGGCAACGGAAACGACAGCCUGAACAACGAAAAUGUGUUCUUCAAAUGGAGACACUACACGAACUUACACGACGCGCCUGACCUCCUCUCCAAUGGAAGUUCAUUGUGGCUAAGACUGGAAACGAGAAAACUUUCGAGUUCGAGUAGGCCGCUGAGAAUGUCCUUAACAGCAACCAGUGUCCCUUCUAACGCAUCCUGUGCCCCUUACCAGUUUGAGUGUGGACAUUCCGUGUGUAUUGGUGGAUGGCUGAGGUGCGAUAACCGUAAAGAUUGCUUCGAUAGAGAGGACGAGCUAAAUUGUGAAUAUCCGUGUCUUCUCGGGAGAUUUGAUUGUGGUCUGUCACAUUGCUUAUCUAGAUCUUCGCUUUGUAACAAAUAUGAAGAAUGUCCCAAUGGAACCGAUGAACACAACUGUGGGGAAAAAAGCUACUACAUUGGAGCAACUGAAAAAGGCCGGAUACAAUCUAGUCAAUAUAAUUGGCAAUGGUAUCGGAACAAUGAGGAUUUUACCUGGAUCAUUAACACAGAAGAAGACCGAAGGAUUCGAUUGAUAUUUUCUGACUUUAGCACCGAGCACAGGAAGGAUAUUUUCCAAGCUGGGGAUGGUAACAGAAGCGCAGAAAAGGCAUUUUUCAGAUGGAGCUGGACAAGAACACCCCCUGAUCUCCUUUCCAAUGACAAUGUAAUGUGGCUGAGAUUUACAAGUGACGACAGUGUAAAUGAUCGAGGAUUUCGUGCAUCAGUCAUCAGUGUUCCAUUCAAUGAAACCCUGAACUGCAGCACGGGAGAGUUCGAUUGUGGACACUCUGUUUGUAUAAGUACUGAAUUGAUGUGUGACUUUAUUUUUGACUGCUGGGAUGGUACUGAUGAAUGGAACUGUGGCAUUGAUGAAGUAACACAUCUUGGUGCAAAUGGAACCAUCCAGAUAACAUCACCGUCUUUCCCGAGUUACUAUCCUGCCAAUAUCAACUUGACUUGGAUUUUCGAAACGGACGAAAACCGCACAAUUCUCAUCGAGUUCUCGUUUUUUUACACACAACGUGGUUUGGACUAUUUAAGGGCGGGAGACGGCAACGACAGCGUGAACUACAAAAACAUCUUCUUCGAAUGGAGUGGUUCAAGACCAGGGCCUAGGUUCUACUCAAAAGGACCUUCGAUGUGGCUGAAAUUUGAAUCAGAGAAAAGUCAGAAAUCUUACAAGGGAUUCUCUUUUUCAGCAACAAGUGUUCCUUCUGAUGAAUACGGCAACUGCACAUCUUCGGAAUUUUAUUGUGGACAUUCCGUCUGCAUUAAGGACUGGAUGAAGUGCAAUUGGCAGGAGGACUGCUUCAAUGGAACGGAUGAGCUAAGCGAAAUCUGCGACGUCACCACGAAAAAGAGUACAACUACAGACGAUCUGAAUCGUAACAUUACAACGACUGAACCCAUAACAGAAAAAGUCGCAACGACUGAACCCAUAACAGUUACACCAAUUCGUGAUCGCACAUGCGCUCCUGGAGAAUUUGACUGUGGACAGUCAGUCUGCAUUAGCGAUCUCUUGCACUGUGACGGUGACCCGGACUGUCCUGAUGGAAGCGACGAACAGGGCUGUGUUGGCUGUCGUAAUUUCUGUUUCAAAGACGGUUCUCGGGGAGGAUGUUGGUGUGAUGGAGCGUGUGACAUCUACGGAGAUUGCUGCGAUGACUACUACAUCUAUUGCACGAUUCCAGAUUACCCAACCGAAUCACCUGAUGUUGAUGAAUGCGACCCAGAUGAACCGCUACAUGACUGUGAUGAGAAUGCUUUCUGCACUGACACGAAUGACAGUUUUAACUGUACCUGUAAUGAGGGAUACGAGGGAGAUGGGAAAGCGUGCUCAGAUGUUGAACCGCCACAGCUGUCGUGCCCGAACAACUGGACGCUGUACACGGACUGCCACAAGAGCUAUUCAACCGUAUUGCUGCCUGAUGUCGAUGACAUACAUGACAACUCUGGAGAAUAUACCCUUAGUGUUAGCAUCGGAGACACUCCAUAUCAGGUUGGCGACGUCGUCUCUUUCGAUCUGGCGUCGUCCCCACAUCAGAUCCACUACAGGGCCACCGACAAGUCAGCAAACAGUGCAAUGUGUAGUAUAUUUGUCUCCGUUUCUUCAGUUGUUGACGGAAAGCUCUGCUCAUCUACAGGCAGCCCACCUAACUGCAUAUGUUCUUCAAGUCAGCAAGGAUAUUGCACCUGCUCGUCAGGAUAUUGUGGACAUGACUGCUCACAGGAGGACGUCGGGACAGAAUGCACCGGGCCUAGGGAUCCGUAUGAAAACUGCAAAGACGUUAGUGAGUGUUCUCAAGGCUAUACCGGCCCACAAUGCAAAGAAGUUACCACUGCAACCAACUGCCCAGAAGUAUCUAACCAGUGUCUGUACCAUGCUGUGACCUCUGUCGAAAUUACUUGGACCCAAGUCAAAGCUGUCGAGCCCUCUGGUGACGCAAUCUCUCCUGCCGACAUUACUUGCAAGGACAUCGAUGGGACUACAGUCGAGCUCACUGGAGGUGUUUUCGGGUUUGGAAAACACAAAGUCGUCUGUUCCUCCAAUACACAAACAGGUGUUGUCCCACAGUGCUUGAUCUCCUUCGUUGUUUCAGCCUAUCCGUUCUUCACACUAUCAGAGGUUGGCGAGAAGUGCACCGAACCUGGAAAACUAACUUCUGUGGUGACCUGGAGUGUUGUCCCUGUUACUCCUGCGGAUGAUUUAGUCAUCACCUGCACAGGAAAUGGAACUGACAUCGGACCAGCAGGGGGUAUCUUCGGAAUUGGAUUACAUUUAGUAACUUGCACUGUUGUUAACUCUGGCGGCUGUGCAAGAUCGAGGAUAUUUGGAUUUAAUGUCGUUGGUAAGGCUUAG